AUGAGUGCCCGCAGCGACGACGACGACGACGACGACGAGACGACGCUGAGCCAGCUGCUUCGGCACUCGAGCGACGACGACGACGACGAGGAUGACAAUAACGACGACGAUGACGACGACGAGAGUAGCAGUGACGACGGCGCGUCGAGCUCGUCUCUGAGCUCGUCGAGCUCGGAAGAAGAGCCGCCAGACAUUGUGACGCAGCUCGGGCGCGGCUUGACCGCAGCAGCGCGCGCUGUCGUGGGCACACGCGAAUCGCGCUUCGCGUCCCGCACCAACACGACGCUCCAGUGGAAGCAGGACGUCGCGUACGAGCAAGCAAAAGCGGCGUACGAAGCUCAAAAGGCCGCCAAAAUCCAAGCCGACGCCGCUGCCGAAGCCACACGCAAGCUCGAUAUGAAACGCGAGAAGAAGGCCAAGCUCCAGCGCCGCGGCAACCGCAAGGUAGCCCGCAAGAUGGCAAAGAAGGCCGCCGCCUGCGAUCUCCAGCAACAAAAGCGAGACGCCAGGAUGACGGUCGUGUCCGAGAUCCGCCUGCACCGGCUCAGCGUUCUCCACGCAGCAGAAGGUGCGCCAGCAUUGGCUACAAUCGCGUCCGCACCGACGCUGCCCAUCACCGACAUUGCCAAAAGCAUCGCGAGCCGCCGGCUUCAAGAUACCCGCGACGACGCGCUUGCAGCAGCUAUCGACGUUGCUGACGCUCUCGGACGUCACUGCGGCAUGCUGCCUGCGAUCCGAACGCCACCGCAUGUCGUGCCAAAGGAGCAGCUCGAGACAGCGACGGCUCUUGUUCUACGACUGGCGCCCCCCCCGGACCCAAAGGCCCCCCCGAAGCUCAAGACACUGUUUACCGUCAAUUUAAAACGUUUCCGCCACGUCGAGGAAUGCAAAGGCGAUCGCAUCGGCGAGGCAGCAUGCAUUGAGCUCGGCAAGUCGCUCCUCACAGGCGCUUGUCCGCGCCUCAUGGAGCUCAACUUGUCCUGGAACGACAUCAAGCUACGGGGCGUCCUGUCCCUCGCCGAGGCGUUCAAGCAAGGCGCGUGUGGUCUGCUAACACGCCUCGACUUGCGGGCCAACAGCCUCGACGCGACGGCGCUCAUACAGCUCUUUGAGGCGCUCUCGAGUGGCGGCCUACCCAAGCUGCAGCACCUCGUUUUUGCUGGCAACCUCGUUGGCGAUCGCGGCGGCAAGGCGGUUGCCCACGCCUUCUUGGCGGGUGCGCUCCAGCACCUCGUCACGAUCGACCUCAAGUCCAACGGCAUCAAGAACGACGGGUGUCGAGCCAUUUUCAAUGCGUGCACAGCGGACUGCUUUCGCCGCCUUGGGCCGUCGCUCGAGCUCAUUGACCUCCGCCGCAAUCAGAUCAACUACGCCACGGCCCAGUCGCUGACGCCGUGUCCCAAACACAUCAGUUUCUAGCCUUGCGUUCGUGUUCGUCGUCGAGCACUCUGCUGCGAGCGAGCAAGGGUUCUGCAGAUGGGGGCGUGCGAAGCAGGGACGGUACAUGCAUGUCGACCGAGCCGUUCUCGGUGCUUCCACGCCUCGUGCAUACCCGCGUGCGUCGUGACUUUUCUGCGGACAGGGCUUCGAACUCCAGCACAGCAUCAUUUUCCUCUUGUCAUUCAUCUUAAGUAUUUCUACGAG